CAUCGCCCAGGUCCCUGCACCCCCGUCCGGGCAGCAGGAUUAGGGGAUUAGUGGAGCUAAGCCAGCUCCGGCAGCGGCGAGAGGCCACAAGAGCUGGGAGGGGAUGAGGAGUGGGUCUGGGGGGCUGCGGGACUCAGGGGAGACACAGAGCAAGGCAAGGAGAGCUGUGCCCCAUGGCUGCCCCACACCAGGGCAGGGAGCGAGCCCUGGGGUGACCAAGCCCAUGCAGCAGUGCCUGUAGGGCUGUGACGAGGGCCCCUCCCAGACAUGAUGACUUUGAUAAGGGUGAUGGUUUUGAUAAAGAGAUGAAAGGAAGUUCCCGAGGCACCCCAGCAAGCAGGGCUGGGGGCACAGGGAGCCCAGGGGAGCCCCAGCCCCGCUCGCCAGCUGUGGCACAGGUUGCUUCUCCCCACAGAAGGGCUUGGGCAGCACAACAGGGUCCAGGGCUGGAGCCAGGCUGCUGGCCUUGGGGGUCCAGCCCUUGGGGGGGCUGCAACUCACUAUACCUGUGGGAUCCCUCCCUGCGGAGCCCGCACAGCUCUGUGCCCGCUUGGCGCAGUGACGGAGCCGCACGGCCGGUGCCCGGGGGGGGCUGAGCAGCGGCAUGGCCAGACCCCAGCACACGGCCCAGCUCUGCUCCCAGCAGCCCGGAGGAGCUGCCCGGCAGGCUUGGCUGAAGGAAGCGGGAUGUGGCAUUCCAGGGUCAGGACCUCUCCUUGGCACGGCAAGAGAGCACUUACCGUCAAGCUUUUCCGGCAGGAUUCGGCCAAGGUCACGGCUGUUGCAAUGCAAAGUCCCAACCCGGUGCGCACAGAAGCAGCCAGCGCACCCGGAGCCAUGUUGCCUUGCACCUUCACCCUCCUCCUCGUGCUGGUAGGACAUUCCCGGUGUAUGUCUGCAGGUGGUGGGCAGCAGGACAGGUCCCCCAGCCCCGGGGUAGAGCUCAGCCCACCCUCCCGUGGCCCCUCAGCCCCGCUCUCCAUCACGCAGGACGUCCUGACCUUCCCCGAGCCCAACCAUGGCCUCCAGCGGCAAAGGAGGGACUGGAUUGUCCCCCCCAUCAUCUGCCUCGAGAACGAGCAGGGACCCUUCCCCAAGAAGCUGGUGCAGAUCAAAUCCAACAAGGACAAGGACACCAAGGUUUUCUACAGCAUCACGGGGCAGGGGGCAGACACCCCCCCUGUGGGUAUUUUCACCAUCGAGCGGGAGACGGGGUGGCUGGAGGUGACGAAGCCGCUGGACCGAGAGGCGAUGGAUAAAUAUAUUCUCUUCUCCCACGCUGUGUCUGCCAACGGGCAGCCUGUGGAGGACCCCAUGGAGAUCAUCAUCACUGUGAUGGACCAGAAUGACAACUGGCCCAUCUUCACCAAGGCGAUUUUCCACGGCACCGUGCUGGAGGGGGCUGAGCCAGGCACCGUCGUGCUGCGGGUGCUGGCCACAGAUGCGGACGACACGGUGAGCUCCACCAAUGGGGUUGUAGCCUACUCCAUCCUGAGCCAGACACCAAACCAGCCCCAGCCCCACAUGUUUGCCAUUGAUAGCAGCACCGGGGUGAUCUCCGUGGCCGCGGCGGGACUGGUGGCACAGGCAGUCCCGGAGUACAACCUGAAGAUCCAGGCAGCCGACAUGGAAGGGCACGGGCUGCGGGCCACCGCCACCGUCCUCAUCAGAGUGCAGGCUGAAGGCAUGACUGAGACGACGAAGGGCUCCCUGACCACCCACGUGCUGAACACGGCCACGGGGCUGCCGGCAGCCGGGCUCACCAUCCGCUUGGCCCGGCUGCAGGAGUCAGGGCUGCAGUGGACGGAGCUGGGGCAGAGGUGGACGGAUGGGGACGGGCGCUGCCAGCCACUCCUGGCACCAGGGCAGGCCAAGCCCGGCACCUACAAGCUGCACUUUGAGACGGCGGCGUACUGGCAGGGCCUGGGGCACGUCAGCUUCUACCCCUUUGUGGAGGUCGUCUUCACCAUCACUGACCCGGCCCAGAAGCUGCACCUCCCGCUGCUGAUCAGCCCCUACUCCUACACAACGUACCGUGGCAGUUAGGGGAAACGCAUGUCCUCUUCCCAGGAUGGAGGUCACUGGAGAAAACUAUGCCACCAACACUGUUAAAGCUUCAAACAACAUGUUUG